UAUACUCUUGUACGAGAUUCAACAUCAAAUAGGAGUGUUUUGAAUGAAGGCGUCCAUGCAAGAAUGCGAUUAAGAGGUUCAGAGAAUCCAAUUGCAGUUCCUUCGCAUAACCAAUUGUCUCAAGCUUUAUCUCAUAGAGGUAGCAUUUCGGGCAUGCUUCAAGCACAGCCGGUUGCGAUGCCUAUGCCUAUGCCCAUGCCGACAACAUCUUCUCGUUCUUCCGUGCAUUUGCAGCAAGUUCCAGGUCCUCCUUUGGGUUAUCCUCCACUUGUUGGUCCUAAUGUAACACCCUUAACAAAUGGAGCCUCAGAGCCGCCUGUGACAAAUGGAAAUGGAGCAUUAAAUGCCCAAUGGUGUUGA